AUGUCUUCAGACUAUACUUAUGAUGAGCAGGGCCAAUUCUUUCCCUUCUUCAUCUUGACCUUGACUGGCUUGGUCACUUUCCCCCUCACAUAUACCCUCCUCCGACCAAGUAAAGACUUGGAAAAUACCGCUCCCCGUAUCCAAUCGGAUUUCAAACCACAACAUGCCGACUUGGUCAACGCGCAAAAGCGCAAGCGUCUCCGUAAGGAGCGCCGCAUUAAGCGCAUCAUUACGGUCGUCGUGGGAUAUGCGGUGAUGGCAUGGAUGAUCUACCUUAUCCUGAUCACUGCCAGAACUACCACAAAGGCUUAUGACCCAUACGACAUUCUGGGCGUCUCAAGGAGCGCCGACGAAAAAGCUAUUUCGCGACACUACAAGCGUCUGUCCCUCGUUUACCACCCCGACAAAAUUCGUCCCGACCCCGCGAAGAACGAGACCAUCGAGGACCUCAACGAGCGCUUUGUUGAGCUAACCAAGGCUUACAAAGCUCUGACUGAUGAGGAAAUUCGAAAUAACUACUUGCAAUAUGGACACCCGGACGGAAAGCAAAGCUUCAGCAUCGGCAUUGCGCUACCCAAGCUGAUUGUCAUGGAGGGCAAUGGCAAGUACGUCUUGUUGGUCUACGGAGCUCUGCUGGGCGUUCUUCUGCCGUACAUUGUUGGAAAAUGGUGGUACGGUUCGCAGCGCUAUACCAAGGAGCGCGUGCUGGUUGCCAGUGCUGGAAAUAUCUUCCAGGAAUACAAGGAGGACAUCACCGACCAAGGCAUCAUCAGCGCCCUUUCUUCUGGUGAGGAAUUCAAGGAUAUGCUCAAGGGCUCUCGGAGUGAAGCCGGACUUGCCAAGGUAGAGAAGAAAGUGAUGGCAGAGGACAUCUCUUUCCUUUCUGACGCCGAUCGGGAGACUUUGAAGAAAUUAGACAACGCGACCCGUCGCAAGGCCCUCGCACUUCUUUGGGCCUACCUUGGCCGCAUCGAUCUGGAUGAUGCAUCUCUGAACGCAGAGAAGUAUGAAGCCGCUGCUAUCGCGUUGGGUCUGAAUGAAGCAUACACUGCCAUCGCCUUGUCUUUCGGCAACCUGCGGCCAAUCCUUGGCGCUUUCCUAACCUCCCAGAGCCUAAUUCAGGCUGUUCCCACCAAAUCCUCCCCUCUCUUGCAACUGCCUAACUUCACUGAUGCCAUUGUUAAAUCGGUUGAAGGACAAGACAGCAAGGACCACUACUCAGUUCAAAAGUUCAUGAGCCUCCCUGAUGCCGAGCGCCGUCGCCGUGCUGUUGGUCCCGGUCUUUUGACUGACAAGCAAUACACACAAGCCAUCGGCGUUGCCCAGCAAUUGCCAGCCCUGGAACUUUCUAAGGUGUUCUUCAAGGUUAUGGGUGAGAAGGUUAUUACUCCUAGCAGUCUCGUGCAGCUUGUCGUCAAGGCUCGGUUCAUCCCUCCUGGUACCACCAAUGUCCCGACGGUGAAUGAACUGGACCUCGAAGAUAUCGACCCUGACGACGACGACCUCGAUGCCCUGAUGGGUCGCAAGGCUGCUAAGAACCGCGCCGUCAAGGGUGUCGACGGUAAGAGCGUCGAGGCCAAGCUCGAGAAGGUUCAGCCUCCUCUCGCACAUGCACCAUUCCUCGCCCGUGACCACUCUCCCCGCUGGCACGUCUUCCUCGCCGACGCCAAGCAGGGCAAGAUGGCCGUACCUCCCUUCACAUUCACCACUUUCGACAAGCCGAUCUUUGACGAAGCCGGCAAGCCCACGUUCAAUGUGCAAACCCUCAAGAUGCAGUUCCAGGCUCCUCCGCAAGUCGGUGACUUCACCUUCGUCAUGCAUAUGCUCUGUGACAGCUACCUGGGUCUAGACUCCAAGCAGGAGAUUACUUUGCACAUUGAGGACCCGGCCAAGGCGGCCGCAUUGGAAGAGGAGGACGACAUCAGUGAACCGGACGAGGACUCGAUCGCUGGCCAGAUGCAGGCCCUCAAGACCGGACAAUCCCCGAAGAAGAAGGCCCGGAAGCCAUCCGAUUCCUCCAGCGAAGAGGAGAGUGACACCGAUGGCGACGCAGGCGAUACCAGCGACACCAACACAGAAACCGAUGUUGAGGAUUAA